GCAAUACGUUAGGCUAUAAAAUAGGCCAUGGCUGUUGAUAAGGUACAUUAUUUUGAACGGGUGGAUUUUGAAUCUUUUGAUAAGAUAAGACUUGUAAUUUUUCAACUAGUGAAAUACUGAUAAACAGAAUCUCAGUUUUGACUAUACUUGAACUUGUUAUAAUUGAUCUUGAACUUGAACCCAAAAAGGAUCAUUAAGAAUUAAACUUUCUAGAGAGAAGUAAUGAAAAGUCAUAACUAAAAGAAAGUUAAUAUUUUUAAAUUUGUGUGAUUUUAUGUAAAUAAUAACUUGAUGCAAACUGUUGUUUUACAUCGGGUACAUUUUAAUUAUUCCAAAUUGUUAAGCACUAACAAAAAUGACACUAAAAUUUUGGCAAAAUCUGUCAAUUUCAAGUGAGCCGCUGAAAGCUUUUGCGAACAUUGAAAGUGUAUUUCGGACUGGACUAUAUAAAUCAUUUAACCAACUGAAUAUGAUAGUUUCAAAUGUAGCCAUUGGCAUGGAAAAGGUAAUUUUUAGACUUUAAACAUGGAUUAUUUUCAUAGUGACUACAGUUUUAUUGCAUUAUCAUUUGGAAAAUAUAUUUAUAUAAGUAUAAGAGCAAAUUUCUCAAUAUAUUGGUGCAAUAUUUUAAAAGUGUCAUUUUAAUCUAGCAAUAAAAAAAAAAUAAAGUUUUGUUUUUAAUUUUUUUAUUCAGCCACAUUUUUUUAAAUUGAAUUUUAAGGACACUCACCUGACCUUUUUCUAUUGAUUAAUGUAAUAUCUUUACUUAAUUAGUGGUUAAAUCUACACUUAAUUUGUUAUUUAAUACAUAUUUUUUUUAUCACUAUUGGCAAAUUGUUGAGGAUUUAAUGUUCAUAGGCAGUGGAGUUAUUACUUGACAGAUGCUACCACUAUGUUGUAGUUUGUUAAAAAAAUAAUGUUAAAAAUUGUGGUUAAUUUACAUUACUUAUCAAAGACCUUUUUUUUUUCCUUUUCAUAUUUUCUAGUUGCUUUCUCCUGGACCUGCCAUGGUUUUUGUUAUCAUUGAUAUUAUCCACCUUACAUAUAACCCUGCCUUAUGUAAAGAAACCUAUAUAUUAAAUAUAAAUUUCUUUUUACAGUUAAACAUGGAUUUGGACAGCAGCAUAGUUACUUUAGAGCAGAUAAAGGAAACCUACACAUACCUAAAAUCGACCCGCCAAGUUAUCCGCACCCCAACCCUGCUUCAUGUACAAAGUUUAUUUCAAGAAACCAAUGAGACCUUCGAAACUAAAAACAACAAUGAGGCAGAGGCACCUGCAGCUAGUCCACUAAAUAUAUCAGAUGUUGAUUUAUUUAUAAAGCUGGAAAACAUGCAAACAACAGGUGGAGUCUUUAGUCAUUAACAAAUAGAAAAUUUAAAAAAAACUGAAAACUAGAGAGGAUCUGCAAUUAGAACAAAAACUUCUUUCAUUAUAUUUAUCCUCAAACUAGAAUUAAAUUUUUGGAAGACAGUUCAACUUGAGUCUAUGUUGCAAAGAAAAAUGUAAAACUCCUGCACUUUGACAAGUAUUUUAAUGACAAAAAAGCUCAACAAACUGCUCUAAACACAAGGCUGCAUAUUGGUUCAUAAUUUCAAUAGAUAUUGAUCUUUGGAAAAUUUUAUAUUUAGCUAUAUUGUUCUUUGUCAUUUUAAACACUGAAUGGCAUCAACUAUAAAAUAUAUUUAAUUUUUAAACUUUAUUUUCAUUUCAUCAAGUUUUUAUUUCUCAUCAACAAUAAAAAAAUUUUUUUAGUAUUAGGUAUAUGACAUUGCUAAUUUUACCAGUCUAAAAAAUGUAAAAUUCUUCAUUAGGAUCCUUUAAGAUUCGUGGAGUUCUGAAUCAAAUGCGUAAAAUUCAACAGAAGCAUGGCAAACAAGUCAAAUUGGUCACAAUGUCAGCGGGAAAUUAUGGAAAAGCAUUCGCUCAUGUUGUUGGCAGACUUAAAUCAAAGUCGAUAUGUGUCAUGCCCAAAACUGCACCAGAUAACAGGGUCUCCCUAAUAGAGGUAAUUGGAAAAAAGUCUUUAUCAUAUAAGCAGAUCAUAAUGAGACAUCUUUUGUUUUAGUUCACAUUAUUGGCAAUGAGUCAGUCUAUUUCAAAAAAUUAUAAUUAAAUAACCUAAAAUUCUAUUCAAAUGGCGUUUGAAAGUCUUUCAAAACAAAAACAAAAACCCCCCAAAAAAACAACUGAAGACACAUUAAUAUUCCUUGUAUAUUUCAAUGAAAGUGAAAGGACAUCUGAAUAGGACAGCAUUUUUCAAUUUAUUUAAUAAGUUUUAUGUAAUAUUUGUCAGGAAAGUGCCAAAGUUAUUAACCAUGGUGUGAUUCUUUAUCAAAAAUCUUAUGGACUCAACCAAUUGAUAAAAUUGCAGUUAAUUAUUAGCUGCUUUUAAAGCUCGAAGCACACCUUCAACACUUUUCUUUCACCACCUUAAUUAGUAGGCUCAGCAUGUACUAAUGCUAUUUAAAGUAUUUAGCACAAUCACUUCACAUCCUUUUCUAAAUGGUUGAUUUCGUAUGACUCGUAGCUCUUUUCUCAUUUAAGUCAAGAUUCUAACUAUCAUUCCUUGAAAUUUCACCUUUUUAACAAAAAAUCUGUGUUAUCAGAACAUGGGUGUUGAAGUGAGGAAGAGACCAACCAAUGAGCUACAGGCAGAAGUGGACAGACUGGUCAAAGAUGAGGAUUAUAUUUUUUGUCACCCAUUUGAUGACAUGGAUCUCAUUGCAGGGUAUGCCAGGUAGGAACUUGUCUGGAAGGAGUUGAAUGUCAUUCCAGAUGUAAUUAACAAGUCGUUACAAGUCAUUAAGAAAAGCGUUAAAUUUUAAAAAAUCUGUGGAUGUUUUUGUUGGUCAGCUGAGAUUGUUUUUAAAUGUGGGAUUCAGGUGAAGAUUGUUUUUAAAUGUGGGAUUCAGGUGAAGAUUGUUUUUAAAUGUGGGAUUCAGGUGAAGAUUGUUUUUAAAUGUGGGAUUCAGGUGAAGAUUGUUUUUAAAUGUGGGAUUCAGGUGAAGAUUGUUUUUAAAUGUGGGAUUCAGGUGAAGAUUGUUUUUAAAUGUGGGAUUCAGGUGAAGAUUGUUUUUAAAUGUGGGAUUCAGGUGAAGAUUGUUUUUAAAUGUGGGAUUCAGGUGAAGAUUGUUUUUAAAUGUGGGAUUCAGGUGAAGAUUGUUUUUAAAUGUGGGAUUCAGGUGAAGAUUGUUUUUAAAUGUGGGAUUCAGGUGAAGAUUGUUUUUAAAUGUGGGAUUCAGGUGAAGAUUGUUUUUAAAUGUGGGAUUCAGGUGAAGAUUGUUGUUCAGAAAAUAUAUAAUUUGAAGUUGAUAUUUUGUUGGGGUUUUUUUUUGUAUAAAUUAUUUAAUGUCAUGUUUUAACAUGACAUAAUUUCUAAUGCCUAAUUUUGCCAGUUCUGCAUUGGAGCUGCUGGAAGAUGUGCCUGAUCCUGAUGUUGUUGUUGUUUGCUGUGGUGGGGGAGGCUUGGUGUCAGGCGUGGCUGCUGGUAUCUCAUUGUCAGAUCGCAAAAAAUGUAGAAUUUAUGCAGUUGAACCAGAAGGAGGUAAAUUGUUACAACUUCUUCUUCUAUAUAUUAAGGGCCCAUGAUCAAGUUAUUGAUCAUUUUGGCUCCUAUGCAUGUAGAGGGGAUUUGGAAUGUUUCUGUGCCUGGUGUUGAUGAGGACAUUUCACUGAUUUCCAGUGCCAUUUUGUGAGGGAAUUAUGCGCUGGGGGUUUGAAUGCUUGAGGCAAUAGACACCUUGUGCCCUCUUUACAAUAAUUAAAGGAACUUCUACUAUCCUCACAAAAUUAACAUUUAAUUCAUCUCCAGUAAGACAGUAUCAGCAUAAAAGACUACUUAGACUUUCUUAUAACAGUUGGAGCAUCAUUUACAGAGUUAAAACUGAAGGCCAACAUUUGAUAUAUUGAAAAAAUUAAAGCUGUGCAAUGAAUCUAAUUUCUUUAUGUGCAUUGUUAUUUACAUUAAUUACAGAUUAAUAUGAUUUUUCUGUUACAGCUCCAACCAUGUAUGAAAGUUUUAAAUCAAGAAGACCCUUAACUCUUCCAGAUGUUAAAUCAGUUGCUUCUGGAUUAGCUCCCCCAUAUGCAGGUCUGUGAUGUAUAAUUUUUUUCGUAAUAUGAUAAAAAAAAAAUUAUUUUAAUUUUAAAAUAAAAAUGAUGUAUUCAACAUUACACAAAUAAAUGUCUCAGAAAAUGUAUGACCUCAACAAAUUGAAAAUUAGUUUUGUAUUUUUCUAGGUACAAUUUGUUACAGGCACUGCCGUUGGUUUGUUGAAGACAUUUUGUUGGUAUCAGAUGAAGAAAUCAUGCAGGCAAUGAGGCUGCUGUUCCACAGAGGAAUCAAGGCAGAGCCCUCAGGCUGUGCAGCUCUUGCCGCCUUGCUGAAUGGAAAAGUCCCAGAUGUGGAAGGAAAGAAAGUUGUUGUGUACAUUAGUGGGGGAAACGUGACCCCUUCAGAAUUAGCACUUUAUAUUCCCGAAGGUGUGUGAGAAGUGCAUGUGAAGAUCUUAAUCAUGUAACUGAUAUUAAAUGAGUAGAGUGUAGAAGAUCGGAGGGAAAAAAGAUGUAUAUAAUCAUUUGAUCACAUAUCAAUGGAAAGCAUCUGGGUCACAGAGUCCAUAAGACACACCACGCUAGUUCUCCAAGAGACUGGAGUCUGAGGUGGAAAGUUUACUGUGAAGGGUACUAAAUGAUGCAGUUAUCCCUCGGUCUGUGAGAUUAAUGAGAUAACUGUUCUUAGAACAUCUUGUGCAAGUAAAACAUGCAAGAAAAGCCCAUCUGAAUCUUUAAGGAUAUACAAGCUUUUAUUGAGACACGAAGUAUUGUAUGAAAGCCUAGAAUUAUGGGGGGGAAUUUACUUGUUUGAUCUCAUCUUAAACAUAAGAAAGCUUAUUUUGAAAGGAAAUCCAUUUAAUUGAAAUUAAAAUUCAACAGUUGUGAAUCUUAAAAUAUUCCUUUUAAGAUUGCUGUGAUUUUGAUAUAAUUAUAUCAUUACAAGCCAGUCUUUGCCUAUUAGAAAUAUGUAACUGCCUUGUGAAGUGUUCCAACUGUACAUUUGUAGAUUGUUUGGUGCAAUGGUUGGAAAAAAAUGGCUCAGGGAAUCAUCUUUUUUUUCCAUGGUGCACACAAUAAAACAUUUGUUGAUAACUAGUCACUUUACACAAUUGUAUAAUGUUAAAAUUAAAUAAAUAUGUUUUAAAUGCUGUAUUAUUGUUUGUUUCACAAAUAAAUCUCUAUACAU